GUCAGAAGCCCAACGUGGAGGAGGAGAGGAGGAUGUGGGUAUGCUGACAUCUGCAAGCCAGAGGUGUAAGUGGAAGGAGACCGAGGGGAAGCUGUCGAACUACGGACUGAGUCACCUGGAAGAAAACUCCGAGACAUGUAACUUGUUGUGAAGUGGUUCGUGUCCUGUAGGGCACCCUGACACUCAACCGGUCACAGUGCCUCCCCGGGGCUUGCUGCCAUGAGGGGCCGCUGCUCUCGAAAACUGGGCGUGCUGGCCAAGGCGAUCUUCCUACUGUGGCUGCUGUGGCUGGGCUACCUUUUCUUAGCACGUUCCACUUUUCCCUCCUCCUCCUCUUCCAUAGAGGAUGAUGUUGACGACCAUCAUGUUGUGGCGCACCAGCGGGACGUAGAAGACAGCCAGCUCGCUAAACCCCUCUACAGUAAACCACUGCCGGACAACAAUGCACCAGGGGAGUGGGGUCGGGCCACACACCUCAACCUCAGCCCUGAAGAAAAGAAGCUGGAACAGGACAGUAUAGAACGCUAUGCUCUCAAUAUCUACGUCAGUGAUAAAAUUUCCCUUCACCGGCACAUCCAGGACCACAGGAUGACUGAAUGCCGAAGCAAGAAAUUUGACUACCGACGGUUACCCACCACCUCAGUGAUCAUAGCGUUCUACAACGAGGCCUGGUCCACGCUGCUGAGGACGAUUCACAGUGUCCUGGAAACCACACCUGCCAUCCUCUUAAAAGAGAUUAUCCUCAUUGAUGACUACAGUGAUCGAGGCUACCUGAAAUCUCAACUGGCUGACUACAUCAGUAAUCUGGAACGUGUUCGACUCAUCCAAACCAACAAAAGGGAAGGACUUGUUCGUGCACGUCUCAUUGGUGCCACCUAUGCUACUGGAGACGUACUUACAUUUCUGGACUGCCACUGCGAAUGUGUCCCUGGAUGGAUCGAGCCUCUUUUGGAAAGGAUCAGUGAGAAUAAAAGUACCAUUGUGUGCCCUGUCAUUGACACUAUUGAUUGGAACACCUUCGAGUUUUAUAUGCAAACUGAUGAGCCGAUGAUCGGAGGAUUUGACUGGAGACUCACCUUUCAAUGGCACUCAGUUCCCGAAGUGGAGCGUAAGAGGCGAAAGUCUCGCAUUGACCCCAUCAGGUCUCCUACAAUGGCAGGAGGAUUAUUUGCUGUGAGCAAGAACUACUUUGAGUACCUGGGAACAUAUGAUAUGGGGAUGGAGGUGUGGGGAGGAGAGAACCUGGAACUUUCCUUCAGGGUGUGGCAGUGUGGGGGCAGCCUGGAGAUUCAUCCCUGUUCUCAUGUGGGCCACGUGUUCCCUAAGAAGGCCCCUUACGCACGGCCAAACUUUCUUCAAAACACUGUAAGAGCUGCUGAGGUUUGGAUGGACUCUUAUAAACAACACUUCUACAACAGGAAUCCCCCAGCGAGAAAGGAGACCUACGGGGAUAUCUCACAACGUCUACUGCUAAGGCAGAAGCUGAAGUGCAACAGUUUUGAUUGGUAUCUGAAGAAUAUUUACCCUGAGCUCCAUGUACCAGAGGACAGGGAGGGCUGGCAUGGGGCUGUGCGCAGCUCAGGGAUACACUCAGAGUGUCUGGACUACAACGCUCCAGAGCACAGUCCCACCGGUGCCCACCUCUCUCUGUUUGGCUGCCACGGUCAGGGAGGCAACCAGUACUUUGAAUACACAUCUCAGAGGGAGAUCCGUUUCAACUCCGUCACAGAGUUGUGUGCUGAAGUGUUGGAGGGACAGACUUCCAUUGGGAUGAGGCACUGCCCUCGUGAUGGAGACCUCAAACCAUCAAGUAUUGUCUGGGAGUUCAGAAAUGACGGGACCAUCUACCACCCUCACUCAGACACGUGCGUCACCGCCUACCGCACACCGGAGGGCCGCACGGACGCGCAGAUGAGGAAAUGUAACCCCAGAGACAAAAACCAGCAGUGGAAGUUCGAGUGGUAGAAGGAGAAAGUGAAAAACAGCAGCAGGGAAACCGUCAAGUGACCUUCUUUUGACCACAGUGCAAUUACUACAGCGGGAGUCUUCCUCCGCUGUUCACCACUGUCCCUCACUCCAGCUCUGUGCUUCGUUUAAAAAGGAAGGGCAAGCAAAACAAAAGGCAGUGGAAAGUCACUCGAAGCCAAUGAUUCACUCGAAUUCAGCUUUUGUGCCCUUGUGAAUACCUGAAUAGGUGCAGAUCGUGACACAGAGCGGAGGAGAAUUGCAAAGGUCAGGUUUGUCUGGUUGUUUGAAGGAGACCGACUGAAGACUUUUACUUGGUGUUAAAUUCCAUCCAAGUGCCUCUGCAACCAAAAUGGAGUCCAGCAUCCGUACGCCCGAAGUGUCAUUAUUGUCAUGUGUGUUUUGUCGUUGAACGUUCUAAAACGAUUUGGCUGUCCAGUGUUUGUAAAGAAGUGCCUUUGAAAAGUCAUUGGAAAAACCAUGUUGCACUAUAGAAUGUUUCCUUAACGUGCAAUUAAUAGGAUUAUUAUUAUUAGAUCCUCAUGCUUAUUUUUUCGGAGAUAGGGGAAAAAAAAAAAAAACUAAUUUAAAGGACAGGCUGUUCAAAAGAAGUGCCAGGAAUGUAAGGUCAGCAGCAUUUAGCCCCAAACCAGCUGCUUUGUAACACGCUCUAUCAUGUGAGUGGAAAACAGGGAGAAGUCAGCCACAGUAGACUGCCUCUCUAUUGUAAUCUCAUAUCUGCGGAGCUGGUUUCAGAAUGGAAUGCUGUCUGAACAAGACCCGGAGCACUCUUUUAAGCAUUUCUACAAAGUGCAAUUUUCCUUCAGAGGGAACAAGUCGACAGGAAUGUUGUGAUCUUUUUUUUUUUUUUUUCCCUGUUGUGUAAAAUUAAGAAUACCCAUCCAAAGUCAUCUGUCACUGUGCCUUUUGGGAAGGUUAUCAGCUCUUCAACAGGUGUCGUAGGUGCCCAAACAAUAGUGCCAGUGGACGUUAGAGGUGUUAAAUAUGCUGGAACCAACACUGGCUAAAUGCACUUAAUUUAUAUUUUAGUGACAAAAGCCUUAAAAUGAAGCACCUUUGGAAUGGAAUCCCUCAACUUGUAUGUGCCACACUGUUUUGUUAAGACUCCUGUGUGUAAACUGUACUUGAAAUGGCAAAGACACUCUGUUUUUGUUUUUUGUUUUCACUCUUUUCACUCAAGAUCCCAUUGACAUUUCUGCUGGGGUUUGAGAAGCAACACCCGCGAUGUAACUCUUGUAAUGUUUGCAUAUGUGCAGACGGCUUAUUGCCAAGCAGUGUUUGGUCUCCGCGGCCCUUUGCAUUUAUGAAUAUGAGAUUUUUACUCUAGUCAGUGGAAACGGUGGGAAACAUACAAGAUGACUCCUGUUUUGUGUUUUCUUUUGUAAAUAUUGUUCGGUUUAAGGGACCAGAGGGCCACAGUGCUCAUGUCAAGCACCUCUAAACUACUGAUAAUGCAAAAGGGAUGUUGAUUACUUGAUAUGAAGAAGAGGGGAAUAAAAUGGGAUAAAUCUAUGAAGAAAGAUUACAAAUCUUGGGAUGACUGAAAGAAUAAAAAGACUAACCACAGA